AUGUCGUCGGGUUUAAUUCGUCGAGACAAUGGCCACGGCAAGACUCACUACUUCGCCAGCUCAGAUGAGUCGAAAAUAUGUGUGGUCAUGGUUGGCCUCCCAGCUAGAGGCAAGAGUCUCAUAGCGGGCAAAGCUAUGAGAUAUCUCGCUUGGGUUGGUAUUCCUGCACGCGUGUUCAAUGUCGGUACCUAUCGCCGACAGGGCACACCGCAGCCAAGCGCCACGUUCUUUGACCCCCACAACGAGGAGGGCGAGAAGAUGCGCCGUGCCGCGGCCGAUGCUGCCAUCACAGAUAUGAUUCAGUGGUUCGAUGCUGGCAAGGGAUUGGUCGCGAUCCUCGAUGCGACGAAUUCGACGAAAGAGCGCCGCCGCUGGAUCAAUGAGCGCUGCCGGGAAGCUAAUAUCGAGACGUUGUACGUCGAGUCGAUAUGUGACGAAGAGGACUUGAUUAUGAACAACAUCCUCGAGGUCAAGACGACCUCGCCGGACUACAAGGGGCAGGACCCGGAGGUUGCUGCCCGGGAUUUCCGCGAGCGGAUCCGCAACUACGAGAAAGUCUACGAGACCAUUGAUGACGGCGAGAAGAGCUACACCUACGUAAAACUCAUCAACGUUGGCUCCACCGUCAUCAUUAACCAGAUCAAGGACUAUUUGUCCAGUCGACUGGUCUACUACAUCCAGAAUCUCCAUAUCAAGCCUCGCUCGAUCUGGUUAUCUCGCCACGGAGAGUCGGAGUACAACUUGACUGGAAAGAUUGGAGGCGACUCUAACAUCUCUGAACGUGGAGAGGCUUAUGCCAAAGCUCUACCUGGUCUACUGAAGAAGUCCGGUGUACCGCCCAACACGAAGAUUGUGAUCUGGACAUCCACGUUAAAACGCACCAUCCAGACAGCACGUCACCUGGCUGCGGAAACUGGCUUCGAGAAACUGGAGUGGAAGGCAUUGGAUGAACUGGACUCGGGAGUCUGUGACGGAUUGACCUACGAGCAGAUUGCCGAGAAGUACCCCGAGGAUUUUGCCGCCCGCGACGAAGACAAGUACAACUACCGCUACCGGGGUGGCGAAUCGUACCGCGAUGUAGUCAUUCGCUUGGAGCCUAUUAUCAUGGAGUUGGAGCGCAGUGAGAACGUGAUCAUUGUGACGCACCAGGCUGUGUUGCGCUGCAUCUACGCCUACUUCCUCAACACACCCCAGGAGCAAAGUCCCUGGAUGGAGGUCCCCCUCCACACACUUAUCAAACUUACGCCGCGUGCAUAUGGUACGGAGGAACAACGGUUCAAGGCUGAUAUUCCUGCCGUGUCGACCUGGCGUGCUAAGGGCACGUCGGCCAAGCACCAGGAAUACUCCACGGAAACCAAGGCGGCCCGAACCAUGUUAUCCGCCUUCACCGCUCGACCGCUCGUCGAGUUCAAACCGCGCGAUCGGUCGCGCAUCGAGUCCGUUCUCACGUACGGGGACCGGGUGCUCGUGGGAUUGAAUAAUGGGAGUUUACGGGUGUAUCGGGUGAAUGAGGUGGAGAAGGAGGCUGCGGAUGGUGAUGAGGGCAUGAACGGUCAUCAGGAUGAUACACAUGGGAAUAAUGGUGAUGGUGAGGCGCUUGGGAAUAAUGUUAAUGGGGGUGUUGCACCACAUGUGCCGGUCAAAUCGAAACAGACGGAUCUUUUGCGCGAGGUCGAGAAGUUCUCCCGGUACAAGGUGGAGCAGUUGGCCCUGAUCAAGGAGGCCAAGUUGUUGGUCUCGUUGUCGGGCGGGUAUGUCUCGAUCCAUGAUCUGCAGACGUAUGCGCUGCAGGAGCAGAUGACUCGCACGAAGGGGGCGUCGACCUUUGCGGUGACGUCGAAUAUCGUCAAUGAUCCCGAGACCGGGGUGCCGUCGAUCGUGUCGCGGCUGGCGGUGGCGGUGAAGCGCAAGGUCUUGCUGUGGGUGUGGCGCGAUAUGGAGGUCGAGGGCGAGGUGGUGGAGAUGACGCUGGUCAGUGGCAUCAAGACGCUGACGUGGGUGUCCGGGACGAGGUUGGUGGCCGGGCUGGGGUCCAGCUUUGUGAUGGUCGAUAUCGAGACGGCCAGCGUGACGGACUUGGUCGGCCCCGGGAGUAUCGGCGGGCUGGGUGGCCAGGAAACCGGCCGGUUGACGGGGGUCGGGGUCGCCAGUAUGAGUUAUAUCGGCAUUGGCGGGUCGGCCCCCAAGCCUCUGGCGACGAGGUUGUCCGAGGGCCAGGUGCUGUUGGCGAAGGAUAUCAAUACCCAGUUCAUCGAUAUCAAUGGCGCGUCGCUGGGGAGGCGCCAGAUCCCCUGGAGCCAUGCGCCGGCGGAUAUCGGGUACUCGUAUCCGUUUCUGCUCGCCCUGCAUGACGCGUCCAAAGGGGUGCUGGAGGUGCGCAACCCGGAGACGCUGUCGCUACUCCAGUCGGUUCCACUGCCCUCCGCCAAUAUCCUACAUAUCCCCCAGCCCACGAUCAGCUUGGCCCAUGCGGGCAAGGGGUUCCUGGUGGCGAGCGAGCGCACGAUCUGGCGCAUGGAAGCGCUGAGCUACGAUACUCAGAUUGACUCGCUGGUGGAGAAGGGCUUCCUGGACGAGGCCGUGAGUCUGACAAGUAUGCUGGAGGAUGCGCUCUUGAGGGAUAAGCAGGGCCGGCUACGUGCGAUUAAGCUCGAGAAAGCGGAAGGGCUGUUUCGACUCCGGAAGUAUGCGGACGCGAUGGAUAUAUUCACCGAGAUCUCUGCGCCACCGGAAACGGUGAUCAGGCUCUAUCCCAAGAUCGUGGCGGGAGAGCUAUCGUCGGUCCCCGAGGAGCAGGAGGAAUCCGAAGACAGCGCCACCGAGAGCCCGUCCAAGACCCCCGACAACCAGAAGCAGGUGGAUGGCAAUCACACGGCGGAGGCUGCUGUUGCGGCCACGGCCAAGACGCUCUCGCACGCCCCGUCGGUCAUGUCGCUGCUGCGGUCCAAGACGGAGACAUUCGACGAUGCGGCCAGUAUCCGGACGAGGAUGACCGAAGACGCCAAGCCCGACAAGGCCCUCGAAGGCAAUGAUCUCAAGCUGGCGGUUCGUGAGCUGCAGAGGUACCUGGCCGAUGUCCGUCGGCGGUUUCAGCGCUUCCUCAACCCCGAUGGGUCACUGAAGGUGUUCGAUCUGCCCGCGGACGCGGCCACAGACGAACUGACUGAUUCCGUGAUGAAAUUGCUCGAGACCAGCACGAAGGAUAUCGAGGAUCCCGAGUUCGGGGAGAAGAUUCGCGAGAAGGCCAAACUCGUCGACACAACCCUCUUCCGGGCGUACAUGUAUGCGAUCCCUGCUCUGGCGGGGUCUCUCUUCCGGAUCGCGAACUUCUGCGACCCGGACGUGGUCAUGGAGAGGCUCGAGGAGACCGGUCGGCACAACGACCUGAUCGAUUUCCUGUACGGCAAGAGACUGCACCGACAGGCGCUGGAGCUUCUGCAGCGGUUCGGUCAGGCGGAGGAGGAAGAGGAGUCCGCGCCGCAGCUGCACGGUCCCAAGAGGACGGUCGUCUACCUGCAGAAUCUCCCGCCGGACCGGAUCGACCUCAUCCUCGAGUUCGCAGAAUGGCCGCUGCGUGAGGACCCCGAAUUGGGCAUGGAGAUCUUCCUGGCGGACACGGAGAACGCAGAGACCCUCCCCCGGCAUCGCGUGCUGGACUUCCUGCGGGCCAUCGAUGUCAAUCUGGCCGUGCGAUACCUGGAACAUGUCAUCGGCGAGCUGAACGACAUGUCGCCGGAUCUACAUCAGCAGCUGCUCAAUCUCUACCUGGACCGUCUGAAGAAGUACAGAAACAAGGAGUGGGAAUUCGCUAGCGAAGACGACCACGUCGCGUGGCGAACCAAGUUCCUCACCAUGCUCAGGUCGAGCACGCAGUACUCUCCGGCCAAGAUUCUGAACCGCCUGGACCGCGACGAUCCGGAAUUGUUCGAAGCGCGAGCAAUCGUGUUCAGCAAGAUGGGGCAACACAAGCAGGCGCUGGAGAUCUACGUGUUCAAGCUGGAGGACUAUGCCAAGGCUGAGGAAUACUGCAACCAUCUCCACAAACAGGACGAUAUAGCGUCUACCGAAGAAGGCGGGCCUUGUGUGGCUCUGCUGGCUUACGAAGAAGACAAGCCGUCGAUCUAUUUGACUCUCCUAGCACUCUAUCUAACCCCGCCCCACGGAUACAAGCCACGAUAUGGGCCAGCGCUCGAAGUGCUGGCCAAGCACGGGUCCCGCCUGCCCCCCGGGGCCGCGCUGGACCUGAUCCCCGAAACCCUCCCGGUGAAGGAGCUCGACUUUUACUUCAAGGGUCGCAUGCGCGCCGCCAACUCGAUCCUCAACGAAAGCCGGAUCGUGGCGAGCCUGCAGAAAGCCGAGAACAUAAAGACCCAAGCGCAGCUGCUGGUGGGGGAGGGGACGGAUCCCAAGCGGUCGAGAUCCAGACAUGUCACCAUCACCGAAGAGAGGGUGUGCGGGAUCUGCCACAAGCGGAUCGGGGGCAGUGUGAUCAACGUGUAUCCAGAUCCUCCCCCUCCCAUCCCCCCUCUUCCUCGACGUUCCUUUGAUGAUUCUUAUUCCUACACUUUCUACAACCGUCCUGGCUCCUCUGGAAGUGAUGCCUCGUCGAUGACCUCCAAUGUGACCACCAUCUCGCCUCAGCAAUCCAAUUUCCCGCUGCCGCCUGCGCCUGCGCCUACUACUGGCACUGCCUCUGCCUCUGCCUCUGCCUCGCCGCGGCCACCGCGUAUCUCCUCGCUCAACACCGCCAAUCUCACCUCCGCUUCUACUGCCUCUACUACCACUACUACCAACACCACCUCAUCUGCGCGAUCCCCCGUCUCCUUCAUGCCGCAUAAUGAUAUCCUGAGUCGAAAGCCCUCGGGACGGGUCGUCCCGGCUGAGCUGCAGCGACGCUCUCGUCACCACUCCCAGGGUUUCUUUGAACCAUCGCUCCCUACCGCUUCUUCGACCGAGGCCUCUUUGUCAGCUUCUCGUAUCGCGGCCCAGACGGCCAUGCUUCAACAACAGCAGCAGCAGCAGCAGCAACAGCAGCAACAGCAACAGCAACAACAGUCGCACCAACAUCAACAACAUCCUCAAAAACAACACCAACAACCUAACAACCUCCAACAUCCCGUGAAACGACCCGCGACCGUACGAGGGGUCUCCGAAGACGGCUCCCGUUCCCGACGCGGCGGCAGCAUCUCGCCCCCUCCCCCGCCUCCCCCACCCCCCGGGUCGACAGCAGCCAGCGCGACUGGCGCAUCAGCCGGGCAGCCAUCCUACACAAAUGGCAGCGGCAGCACCAGCACCGCGGCUGGACACGCCCAUGCUGCCACGACAGCGGCCAACGUGGUAUUCCCCCGAAAUCCAGGGCUCCAGCCCCCCGGGCUUGGGCUCGAGAUCCCCCAGGAGCGCGAACACAAGCACAAGGGCGAGAAGUCGAAGAUGAAGCUCUUCUCGAAACCCAAGCACAUCGGCAUCAGUCGCGACAAGGACGGGACGGGGAAGGAAAGGGGCCUGCCCUCGCCAAGCAAGAUGGGGUUCCCCAGUGGGGGCUUGUCCCGGAUCGUCAGCGCUUCGACCACCAGCUUGGCGGAGACCUUCCCGUCGAACAAUUCGUCCAUGUACAACCUGUCGAAUGCGUCCGCGAGCACCGUCGUGCCGGCGGAUCGGCCGACAGGGAGCGAGAAAGAGAAGGACAAGGACAAGGAGAAACACAAACACCAUUUCCUGUCGCGCCAGAAGCUGAAGCUGAAGGAUCGCGACGAUCACUACAACCUCCCGCUGUCGUCCGCGUCGAGUAAUUCGAAGCCGUCCGACCCCAAUGCACCGCAGUCCCUAUACUCGUUCACCCCCGCGUCGCCGGGAGCCACCAGCACGACCUUCGGCAAGUCGGUGAGUGGGCUGGAUCUGCUGCAUGGGCUUCGUGAGAAGAAGAAGGAGGAGAAAGCGCAAGCGCAGGCUCAGAUGGAUUGGGCAACUAGUUCACAGGGGCCGGGAGGGUCGCCGGCUGUCUUCCCCGGGCCGUCGUCAUUGGGCAGCUCCUCCGGGCUGAUCGCCGAGGCUGCCUUGCGGGAGACUCUCCAAGGGUUUGGGCUGAAUAACAUGACGCCGGAGGACGCUUGGGACUUCCUGAAGGCGAAACUGAUGGUGAUCUUCGACGGGGAGGACGUGCGCAUUGCAAUUGAAGAUCUAAACAAGCUGGUUCUCGUCCAUAUUCAGCGAUGUGUGCAGAAGCGCACUCCGGCGGCGGUGGUCGACGACCUGAGGGAACUGCUGGAGACCGGAUUCGCUUCGCUGAACCAUACCUUGAACGGGGUGCCGGAUGAGAAGCUGGUGCCGCACCUCGUGCAGGUGUGGAUGCUCGUGUUCGGCACAAUCUUGCCUUUCAUUCAGGCCGUGUUCUUGCCUCUCGACCUGGAAAUCAAAGGCUGUGGGUCUGUGAUGAAUCGGCGUGAAGCCAGUGAAUUCUGGGGGUCCGCACGCAAUGCCGAGUACCCUGGCUGUGAGCUGGAUGUGCGCAAUCUGGUUCUUGUCGCCUUCCGCGACCGAAUCAUCCUGCGUCGCUACGAAAGUCUGAAGUCAACAUUUUCACGCCUGAGUCUCGACAGCAUCAAGCUCGGCACGGCGGCGCUCAGCGUCACCACCAAGAGCAGUUCCACCAGUGGCGGACGGCCUCCCACCGCUGCCUCGCUUGACGGCGGCGGUGCCGGCGCCGGCUUUGGCAGCUACAGCUCCCAGUCCUCGACACUCCUCAACGCCCAGUCGGGGAGCUACUCCUCCGACUCCAGCAGCAGCAGUCGCAGCCGCGCCGCCUCCAACACCUCCUCCAAUCCCGACCAGCUGAUCUUCCAGUCUCUCUCCUCGCCGCCCCAGCGCCCGAGCAUCAUCCACCGGGCCAACGCGGCAGCCGACACCUCGCAUAUCAUCACCGAGACCGUCGGCCGCAUGCUGCAGUGCGUCAGCGUCCUGGCCAGCGUGCAGACCGGCGACAAGGCCCAGGAGCAGGUCGAGACGCUCGGCAAGGAUCUGAAGCACAACUGGCUGGGCCGGGGGCGCACCGGCCGCGACCGGCGGGGGUUCGUGGGCACGAAGAUCCGGCCGGCGAUUGUGGCCCGCGCCGACACUUGUCUGGUACAACAUGAUUUCCCCACACUUUUCUUCACUGCUUCUUCCGUGGUUAUUGCUUUGAUGAUGGGAUUUGGCAUGGCGGGUGUUUGUGUUUUGGGAUAG